CCACCUGGUCCUGAUUGACUCGCUGAUGUCACUGGCUGCCAUGGAGACGGUGGGCAAGGUUAAGAUGACGGCAGAGGCAGAGAAAAUGGGAGGCGGGGCUCCGUGGGAGAAUGCCCUCCUCUUCUGGGUUAACCGGUUGAAUCAGAAGUUGAGAGAGAGCACUGAGGAUGAGGAGGUCCCAACCUGCACAGACCCACAGCCUGUUCAACCAACAUGUCCCACCCGCUGGUACUGGAAACUGGUCCCACAUGCCAUCGCUUUUUGUUUGAAGGAGGAGUCUGGGAAUAAACCUCCAGUGAUCCGUUAUAGGAAGGAUAAGGUUCUGUCUAAGCAGACUCCUACUUUUCCUCUGGUGUCUGGUGUAAGGGAUCUGUCUAAUGGCUGUGCUAUAGCUGCUGUUCUGCACUACUACUGUCCUGACCUGCUGCCACUGGAGGAUGUGUGUCUGAAGGACACCAUGUCAGUAGCAGACAGUCUGUAUAACCUGCAGCUGAUCAGAGAGAUCAGUGAGACCAGUCUACAGAGGUGCUGUCACCUGGAGCUGGAGGACCUGCUCUACGCCCCGCCCACACUACACGUGAACAUCAUGAGUUUCAUAGCAGAGCUGCUGGGAUGGUUCGAGGUGCAUAAACCUGACUUUGUCAAGCCAUUACUACCUCUAGACCUGACAGAUGCCUCAGGGUUGUUGGACUGCACCAGUCCUGUCAGUGGGAACAGCAACAGUGGCUCUCCCUCCUAUAUCUUCAAACAGCCCUUUGUCCCCAUAUCCUCUCCUGCCUCAUCUGAAGGGAACAUGUGGACCAAGAAACAGAUCCGUCGUCCACUCUCGGCUGUGACCUUCAGUAUUCCAUUCGGCCUGGACAGUGACGUGGACGUUGUCAUGGGCAACCCCGUGCAUUCCGCCAGCACCAACAGCCUGACCGCCGGCGUGCCCGCCAUGAUGACUUCAUCGAGCAGGAUGUCAUCGGGGAUGACACGGGUCCCCUACAGCCCCCCCGAGGACCUCAGUCACCUGGUCAGCGCCUCCAUCCCUCAACGCUCCUCCUGGGGCCCGCACACACACUCACAUCCACCGGCCCUAGGGGAGCUGCCGACAGUCGAGAUCAUCCACACUCCUGGAGGAGAAAGAGGUGGAGGAGGGAAAAGAGGAGAGAAAGGAGAUGGAGGAGGAGGAGGAAGAGGAAGGCCAGAGCCACGCUUGCGUCCAGAAGGAGCUCCUGCAGGUUUCUUCCUUCAUUCUCCUGAAUACGACCUGACCCAGCUCAGCAGCUCCGCCCCCUGCCGCUCCGGAAUGCUCUACCGACCAAUAGGAGGGGAGGGGGGCGGAGGAGAGAAGCGGAGAGUGGGAGGCAGGGAGAAGGGGGAGAAGGGGAGAUCGGAUGGCUCGCGGGACGAUGACUCGGUCCUCCGCGACGGAAGUGUGGACUCAUCGGAAGCUUCCGACGACCUUCCUAGAAACACCCCCGGCAACGUCCGCCCUGGCCACGGUCGUCACGGCAACGGCAGCAUCAGCAACACCAGUGGCAGCAGCAGCAGCCCGCAGAUGACGAGCUUCGCCGAGCGGCGGGACAGAAGGAGACAGCCGGCCGCACCGGGAGAGGAGUCGGCCAGCACCCCGACCACCCCCACCCUCCAUACCCCCACCCACACCACCCCCAGCCCAGGAGGGAAGCACCCCGAGCCGGGUACAGAGGCCUGGGAGCUGGGGGCCCGCCUGGAGGAGAAACGCAGAGCCAUCGAGGCCCAGAAGAGACGCAUAGAGGCCAUAUUCACCAGACACAGACAGAGGCUGGGCAAGACUGCCUUCCUACAGCUGAAGAGAGGAGAAGGAGGAGAGGAGCCUAUAUCUCUGGAGGAGCGUCUCAGCCGCAUGGAGGAGCAGCUGAAAGAGGAGGAGGAGAGAGAAGAGGGAGAGGAGAAAGAUAAGGCAGGCGAAGGGAACUCCCGCCCGCAGGCGCGAUUGGAGAAGCAGGUGACGUUUUCCAUCGAUACGAGGAAGGGGGCUGAGAAAGGGGCGGAUAAAUGGGAGGGGCCUGAGCCGGGGGGAGGGGCUGUUCUAGGGGAGUAUAAUGAGGUGGUCCUGAAGCUGAGUGAGGCUCUGAGGUCACUACAGAACGACAUGCAGAAACUGACCCAACAACAACAACAGCUAAUGGGCAAGAAGACCACACUCAAACCCACACCUAAAACUACACCCAAUACCACACCUAAAACUACACCCAAAACCACACCUAAAACUACACCCAAAACAACACCUAAAAGUACACCCAGGACACCACCCAGGACCCCCACUAAGAGUCCGACUAGAACCCCGACCAAGAGCAUCAGUAAGGCGUGGGUGAUUCCUGCAGGCUCCAAACCCCCCACCUCCACUACCUCCCCCUCUCGCAGGGCCCUCCCCCAGCUCUCCUCCACCCCUCCCAAAACCCCCACCUCCACUACCUCCCCCUCUCGCAGGGCCAUCCCCCAGCUCUCCUCCAACCCUCCCAAAACCCCCAUCUCCUCCUCCUGCCCUGCCCCACGCACAAAGAUCCACUCCUCCUCCCCCGUAGCCCUAAGCACCACCCGCGCCCCUCCCAACCCCACCCCCCAUGUGGACUCCCUCCCACACCUGCGACGCGUCUCCCCCAGCCAGUGCCAGGUCCAGACCUCCUCCUCUUUCCGUAUCGGGGGCCCCUGCACCCCCCAGCCCCAGCCCGAGGAGAGUACCUCGGAGACGGGCUCCAGCGAGACGCAGUUCAGCCUGGAGCUGGAGGAGCAGGAGGGUUUAGGGGGAGGCCGGCCCGUGUUUCCCCAGCCCAGGAGAGGCCGUUCUGGGGGUGGCAGCAGCUCCGGAGCCCCCUCCGAGGGCUCCUUUGAGAGGCAAGAGGGGGGCAGUGACGAGCCAACUGACACAGAAGGACAGGAGUUGUUCUCUGACUCCAUGAGCGACCACACAGAACCUCCAACAGGAGAAACAUUGGAACCUACGGAACCCACGGGAGAACCGAGGGAAUCUACGGGGGAUCAAAUAGAACAGACACAGAACACAGAACUCCGAGAACCCUCAGUGGAACCCACAGAGCAGACGGAACCGGAGGCGAGAGGAGGGCUUGGAUUCUUCUUCAAGGAUGGCUCAGAGGAGAGCUGCUCUGUUGGGGAGACAGCAGAAAAGAGCAGAGGACCUGAAGAGGAGGAGACAGUGGAACGAACAGGAGAGAGAGAGCAGACCCCCCCCUCUGAGGAGGAGGAGCGAAGAGGCUCUCUCCCACAGACCCCUCCCCUGUCCUGCACCCCUCCCCCCGCCGCCGGUGUCCCCUCCCUCACCCCCCCGACCACGCCCAGUCGCCGUGGUGAUUUCACGCGGAAGGAGUACGCCCACCGACAGCAGAUACGCAUCAUGUCUGACCUGGAUAAGGUGCUGCGUCAGAAACACACCAAUCAGGGACGAGUCGCCGCCAAGAAGUCCCGCCCCCGACCUCGGAGCAUGACCCGGGAGGAGUCACAGCUGUCCCGCAGCCCAGCCAAGAGCACUAUGGGUUCUAAGUUGACUAAGGUGUACUCUCACUCCUCUCUCAACCUGGCUGCUAUGGCUGACCACACCGUCCCUGACAACACCGUCCCUGACCACACCGUCCCUGACAACACUGUCCCUGACCACACCGUCCCUGACCACACCGUCCCUGACCCUAGCAAGAAACCAUCCAGCCGCCCUGAUUCGCCCUCACGUCUGAUGUCACCGAGCCGACUGGCCAAUCAGAACGGAGACAAGGACUGGGAGAUCGGCUCCAAUGGCUCCUCCCCUUCCAUCCCAGAAUACACCGGGCCCAAACUGUUCAAGGAGCCGAGCUUCAAGUCCAAUAAGUUCAUCAUCCACAAUGCUCUGUCUCGCUGCUGUCUGGCUGGCAAGGUCAACGAGACUCAGAAGAACAAGAUGGUGGAGGAGAUGGAGAAGAGUCCAGCCAACCACUUCCUGAUUCUGUUCCGUGAUUCCAACUGUCAGUUCCGAGCCGUCUACACCAUGAGCCCCGAGACUGAUGAGCUCAUCCGAUUGGCCGGGGUGGGCCCGCGUGUUGUAAGCCCCGCCCUGGUGGAGUCCAUCUAUAAGUACAGCUCCGACAGGAAACAGUUCAGCUGUAUCCCGUCCAAGACCAUGUCCAUGAGUGUCGACGCCUUCACCUUACCAGGACACCUGUGGCACAGCAAGAGGCCUGGCAAGCCUAAAUAACCAUGUAUAUACAUACAUACAUACCUGUGGCACAGCAAGAGGCCUGGCAAGCCUAAAUAACCAUGUAUAUACUGUAUAUACAUACAGGAAUGGAUACACACACACACAAACACACACAAACACACACAAACAACUGAAUUACUGUUUGUCCUGCAUGGGACACACUACCCCUCUCGCCCUUCUCAUCGGACCUACUGACUGUUGACGAGGUGCUUUCUCUCCCCUGUAUGUGCAUGGAAAUGGAACAGUCCAACUAUCCACCCUUAUGGAGAUGGCUCUAAGACUCGUCCACACGCGGGGGAUGCUGAAGACCAGUUGUUGUUGUAAAAAUGACCUUUUCAAUCUUAAAUGGCUACACUACACAGAAACAAACUACACAAAAAGUGUAUCUUUCUCUUUUUUUAGUUAAAACGUUCUCCUGUAAAUGUCUGAGGUACAAAAUGAUUGUUUCUCUGAUACCCAUAAACCCUUUGGCCUUAUGUUCUGUUCUGUUCACUACUAGCUGAAAGGCUGGAGGCAUGCUGAUAGCCAUUGUGUAGGUUGACUAACGUUUUCUGUUUUAUAACACGAACACAAUCCUUCUAAUGCCUUCUGGCCAACGACUGGCAGACGCAGGACUUUUAUGAUCCUGCAAACCGGAAGACCUGUUCUUUAAUGUGAAUAGGAGAAAAGAACAGGAGAUGUGUGUUCACCAAAUAGCACAAAAAUCAAAGCCAUCACUGGCAGACUAAGGCCUAGAUUCAAUCCGAUUCUGCACUAUAGCUCGACUGAAAUUUAAAAGCACUGUUCCCGCAUUCGCCAAGACUGCAUUCUCGACAAACGCUGAAUACGUUGGCCAAAUCGGAAAUGACCUUUAAAUUUCAAUCGCGCUAUAAGGCAGAUGUUCUGCGCUAUAGAUUGAAUCCCCAAUCUGCCAUAACUGAUCUGUACAAAGACGCUGCAGCGUGGACAUGUGGUCUCACAGUGACUUGGACAGGAGCUCACCGGGACUGAGUACCGAACGGAACCUCAAAUGUUCUACUGCUUGACUUGGACAGGAGCUCACCGGGACUGAGUACCGAACGGAA